AUGUCUGAAUCAGCAGAAGCUGUGGCAGCCAACCUGAGCAGUCGAAGGAACAUUACCAUAGAGAUCACCAACGUAACCAACAACUACUGUCUCCUCAACCCCAAGGUGUUCCUGGAGAGUGGCGAAACUCACAAUCCUCCCCAGCCAACAGUGCGCCCCCUAAAGACCGAAGUGUGCGCCUUCAGCAAGACCAGCGCCAAGGCGACCGGCAGCGUCGGCGUCCUAACCUACGACCUGUUCGAACGGAGCAGAAACGACUACGUCGAGACGCUGGCCAUCAUGUUCUCAGUCCCUUGGGACUACAACAUCUACAAGAACUGGUUUGCAGUGGGAAUCUACCCCAAAGGCAAAGAAUGUAAUGAGAGUCUGUACAAGGAGAUGUACUAUGAUAAAAAACAAGAGGGUUUUGUGAGGGAAGAAGCCAACGGUUCAGGUAUAAACCAUGUGGGGAACUACUUGGACAUCAAAGCUACCAUGUCUCCAAUGGGCAGGGCUAUUAUGAAGGUAGAGGUUUGGGAUAAGUUGUUUACACCAAUGGGCCAACAGAGUUACUGA